ACGUGAGGCUCAGUACCGAGGGACACAGACCAGUCGACCUGUUCCACUGGGGCACGCCACUCCCGCCGCCCAUGGGGAACAGCCACUGCGUCCCUCAGGCCCCUAGGAGGCUCCGGGCCUCCUUCUCCAGAAAGCCCUCGCUGAAGGGAAAUAGAGAGGAUGGCGCAAGGAAGCUGGCUGGCCUGUUUGGCACCGAGGCCAGUCCUGACGGGGACACCACUGCUGACAAGAUCUUCUACUACGUCCCUGGGACGGACAUCCCAGAUUUGGAGAGCCAGCGAGAAAAUCUAGAGCAGCCGUUCCUGAGUGUGUUCAAGAAGGGGCGGCGGAGGGUGCCUGUGAGGAAUCUGGGCAAGGUUAUACACUAUGCCAAGGUCCAGCUGCGAUUCCAGCACAGCCAGGACAUCAGCGACUGCUUCCUGGAGCUGUUCCCCUCUUACCUGUACUUCCAGGCCCAUGGUUCCAAAGGACUCACCUUCCAGGUGCGGGGAAACAGGCAAAGGGCUGAGGCUAGGGGUAGAGGAAGAGAGCAGCCUCCUGGGAGGCGGGUGUCCACGUCCCACUCGGGGUCCCCCAGCCCUCCUCUCCCCCACGUGCUCUGGCAGGGGCUGUUACCACUGGUGGAGCUGAGUGUCUGCCCGCUCGAGGGAUCCAGAGAGCAUGCCUUCCAGAUCACAGGCCCGCUGCCUGCUCCCCUUCUCGUGCUCUGCUCCAGCCAGGCUGAGCUGGGCCGCUGGCUGUACCACCUGGAAAAGCAGAUGGCCCUCGUGGGAGGGCUGCAGCACUGCCACUCAUCGCCCCCGCAGGGCCUCCCUGAGGACGAGCUGCCCUGGACUCUACAGCGCAGACUGACCCGGCUGCGGACAGCAUCGGGGCGUCAGAUGGUGGGUAGUGCCAUCUGUGCCUCGAGGGUCAAGCUUCAGCAUCUGCCUUCACAGGAACAGUGGGACCGGCUCUUGGUCCUGUACCCAACAUCACUGGCCAUUUUCUCUGAGGAAGUAGAUGGGCUUUGCUUUAAGGGGGAGCUCCCACUCAGCGCCAUCCACAUCAACCUGGAGGAGAAGGAGAAGCAGAUCCGCUCUUUCCUCAUCGAAGGCCGUCUCAUCAACACCAUUCGCGUGCUGUGUGCCAGCUACGAGGACUACAGCCACUGGCUGCUCUGCCUGCAGACGGUCUCCCACAGGGACGGAGCUCCCCCACUGCCUGGCCCUGAGAGCUUCCCAGGGCUGCCGGUGUCCACACAGGUCAUGGGUGGUGGCCGAGGCUCGCUCUCCUCAGAUGGACGAACCAGCUGGGGCUCAGGGUGCCCAGCACCCCCGUCCACGCACACCAGCCACUCUCUCCCUGAAUCCUCGGUGCCGUCCACCACAGGCUGCCCUGCCCAGCCUGUGCCUGACCAGGCCAACCCUGGCGGCACCAGCACCAGCAGGCAGAGGGCAGAGCUGAGACGGAGCAGCAGCAGUCGGUCACCCAGGAACAAGGCCCGGGCUGAGGGGCCCGGCCUGGCCACCUCGUUGUUUUUGGACCUGACCAAGCUGAGCAAGCACAGCCCGGAGGGCAACCCCGAGGCCCGAGACCAGCCUCCGGAGGCCCCACGGUCCCCGCUCUAUGCCGAUCCCUACACACCACCUGCUACCUCCUACCACAAGAUCACAGAUGUCCAGGGCCUGGAUAAGUUCCUCAGCGCGAUGCAGAGCUCACUUGGACCUGAGUCCUCGAGCGCAUUCCCCUCGGUCCCUGUGUCUGUGCCUGUCUCUGACCCCAGCUCUGGGCUCUGUGGUCCCCACUUGCUCUCCAAGAAGGGAGCCCUGCAGCCGCGAGCCUCUCAGCGGCACCGACGCUCUGUCCAGGGCCAGGGUCCACCACCCCCAGACUCCCCUCAGCAUGUCUCCCCUGGGAGAGAAGUCUCACCCGACCCCCUGCCGCCUCCCUCAGGUGGCCAUCCCCUCAGGAGCUAUGACAACAUCUGGGACAAAGCUUCAUCUCCUUCCCACAAGCGCUGGCCCCGCGGAGCACCUGAGGCUGGUGGGGGGCUCAUCCAGUGGAUCUGAUGGCCCCUGGGCCGGCUGGUUCUUGGGACUACCCGCCAGCAUUAAGCCAGGAGUGGGGGGUCUGCAGCAGAGCUGGGUCUUUCUUUGUAGGGCCACAGGCUGACCAGCAUCCAAUACCUGAACGCCAUCGAAGGCUGAGUCAGUGUCUGACCCCAGCAGGGUGCAGGGGUCUCCAGAACUCUGAGUUUCCCUGGGCUCUGGAGGGGCCAGGCAGAGGGCCUCAUACCGAAGAUGGCCUGGUGACACUGCUCAGGUCAGACACAGAUCAGAGCAGGAUGCAUGGAGGGACCAAACUUGAACCAUUCCUCCAGGGAAGACACGGGGAGGCCACUUGGUGCAGGCUUUACCUGGGGGUGGGAGAACAGCGUAGGUGUGAAGGCCAGAGGGCUGAGAAAGAUUAGUGAGGGUCAGAGCACGUGAGGUCAGAGAGCACAAGGGUAGGAGGUCAGCGAAGUCUGAGACAUCACAAGCAGAGGCAGGAGGGUGUUCUGGGCAAAUGCGAGUGGACUGCGGCCGGCUGGGAGAAACUGACAAGAGACUAAACAUAAAGAUAAAGAUUUUAUUUGUG